AUGCAGCAGCAGCAGCAUCUCCCCAUGGUUAAUCUCUCCGGGCUGAAUCCCAGCCAGCCCCACAGCAGUGACUGGGACGCUGCGCGCACGGCAGUGUUCCAGGCACUGGAGAAGUUCGGCUGCUUCCAGGCUGUGUACGACCGGAUCACGCCGGAGCUGAAAGGUUUGAUCUUUCGUGAGGCGAUGGAGGAUGUCUUCAGUCUACCUCUAGAGACUAAAAUGGGCAACAACCCCAAGUUUCCCUUAGGGGGAUUCAUCGGCAAUCUCCCAGACAUGACCUUUGAGAGCCUCCGGGUGGAUGAGGCUCCGGCCUUGGAUGCCGCCGAGAGCAACAUAGUGUGGAGUUUCGCCAAGAAGUUACAGCAGUUGGAACGAAUGGUUAUGAGGAUGAUUUUACAGAGCAUGGGUGUUGAGAAGCACAUGGAUUCUUUCACUGUGGAAUCGAAUUGCGGGCUGCGAUUAUCAAAGUAUUGGAUUUCUCCGGAUCAAUGUGUCAAGAGCGGAAUGGGUUCUCAUACUGAUGUGAGCUUUUUAACCAUCGUUUGCCAGCAUGAAGUCCAAGGGUUGGAGGUGCAAACUACAGAAGACUCUUGGAUAACUGUUAUGCCAUUACCAACCACUUUCACUGUCAUGUUGGGGGAUGCCUUGGAGGCUUGGACAAACGGAAGACUGAAAGCUCCUGUGCAUAGGGUGACAAUUACAAGCAAGGAGACAAGAUACUCGGUCCUUUUUGGGUCUCGACCAAGGGAUGUGGGCUUUGUGCAAACCCCGGAGGAGUUGGUGGAUGAAAGCCAUCCUUUAUUGUUUAGGCCAUACAAUUAUAGUGAAUACUUAAAAUUCAGGUUUUCUGAAGAAGGGACGAAGGCAAAGAAUGCAUUGAAGGCAUUUUGUGGUGUUGGAGAAGUGGAAAAAGAGUAGUGCUGUC